CUUCAGUGUCCUGUUGCAUCUCACACAAGCACACACUGCAAGAUUUGACCAAAACUUCCUGAGUCUUCUUUUCUAAAUCCUUCUUUAUCCACACAACUACAAAAAGGUCCAAAGACAGCGGCUGAACGGAAAUGAUCUGAAAGUUAAUGUUGGUAUGUUGCACACUUAAUUUGCACAUGCACGAAUCAAAGUACAUGCGCACAUGCAGGCAAGGCUCCAAACAGGGGAAGAUUGGAGAGUUGUCAUGGAAGUCAUGAUUUUAUCCACAUCUAUACACAACAGAUCUUUAAAAGUGGUAUCAUGUUGAUCGUCUAGCACGUGCGUGCAAGACGCUUGAAGCCAGCAAAUUAUUGUAAAUGCCCUUGCUCAAGAACUGGCUUGCGAAGCAGGUUCAGCAGUUAAAAGGUAGCGGAACUGAUACGCUUGUUGAGAAACAUGAGCAGUUUAAAUGCACCGAAGAUGGCGAUCAUUUGCCGAACCUAGGGGUGGACCGGUGAUCCGAGUGCUACAGUUCAACAUUUUGGCGGAUUCCUUGGCAGACGGUGCCACCAUACAGGAAAAGACAUUGCCAGCGCCACAUUUAUGUGAUGUUGGAGCUGCAGGCUGCCAUUACCACUUUCACGCUGAAACCCCUUGCCACACCUUUCGGACGUUGAAGCCACAUUUGGAUUGGGAACUUAGAAGAGCUCAGAUUGUAGAUAUUUUGCGGAACGCCAAUGCCGAUCUGAUUUGCUUGCAGGAAGUCGACUGCUUUAAUGACUUGAAAGCUGCCCUCGAGCCGGUGGGGUUUCAGGGUCGUUUCUGCAAAAAAGCCUGGAGGAAGAUCAAGGACGGGAGUGCAGUGUUCUGGCGCGAGGAGGUGCUAUGGCUGGAGGAUUGGAAGGCGCUGCAGAUCUUGCCAGGGAGUGCUAUGACUGCGCUGCUGCUGCGCUUCGUCACUCGAGAUGGUAAGCGAUUGGUGGUUUGUGCCACUCAUUUAAAGGCAGGCUUCUCGGCUGCGAUGGAAGAACACCGAUUGGCACAAGUGCUCGAGCUUCAAAAACUCAUACACAGGUUUUCCGGCGAAUCCGCUGCAAUUGUGAUCGCAGCUGAUCUAAACGCCCAUUGUAGAUCCUAUGCUCUUUGCACUCCGCUCACUUGCUGUGAUCCUGCGGCAUUGGUUGAACCCAAAGCAGUUUGUGCCCUAUUGGAUGGAGGAUUCCAAAGCGCCUACGCAGAGUUUCCCUCCUUCACAGCAUGGUCUGGAUGGUUGAAUCGAGAUGUCAAAGCAAAUCUGGAUUACAUCCUGUACAAAGGCCCGGUGCAGCCUUUAGGCGUCUUGGAGGGACCAGAGGAGGAGUCUGUUAGCGCUUAUAGUGAACUGCUCCCCAACCAAAGCUGGCCGUCGGAUCAUAUCCACCUGGUUGCUGACCUGGAACUCUUGUAGUUGACCGUGCCAUGAAGCUUGUUUGGUAUUUUGAUUUGGUUUGCCGAUGAAGUGGGUGCUUGAUCAGAUGUUUUCAGAUAAAAAGGUGAUCGCAGAGCAUCCAACGCGC